GUAGGGCUAGAGUCUAGCGGCCCUCCCCCAUGGUUCCCGGGGGCCGCCCUCGGUCACGUGGCCGGCGGGGCCGACAGGUAACUCGCCCAGAGAGGGCGGGGGCCGGUAGCCGCCCCGCCCCGCGGGGCGCCUUGGGCGGGUCUCAGCAGCGCCCACUGCGGCAGCCGGGCCGCAGGUGCCGCCCAUAACACACGGUGUCCCGCCUAAGCCGAAACGCGUCUGCCGUCGGUCGGUGAGUGUGUGCGCUUCGUCGGUCCGCGUGUGUCUGUCUGGUCGAGCACACUCUCCCUCUGCGGCCAUGACUCCGCCGCCACCCCAGCCACCGCCCUCAGGCCCGAACCCCGCCGCAGACUCCGCUGCCGACCCCCGUCCCGGGCCUGGACCCCUGGUAGUACUGUUCGGGGCCACGGCGGGUGCGCUGGGGCAGGACCUGGGCUCCGACGAGACCGACUUAAUCCUCCUAGUCUGGCAAGUGGUGGAGCCGCGGAGCCGCCAGGUGGGGACAUUGCAUAAAUCGCUGGUACGCGCCGAGGCGGCCGCGCUGAGCCCGCAGUGCCGCGAGGCGAGCGGCCUGAGCGCCGACAGCCUGGCGCGGGCCGAGCCGCUGGACAAGGUGCUGCAGCAGUUCUCACAGCUGGUGAGCGGGGAUGUGGCUUUGCUGGGCGGGGGCCCCUACACGCUCUGCACUGAUGGGCAGCAGCUGCUGCGACAGGUCCUGCACCCUGAGGCCUCCAGGAAGAACCUGGCGCUCCCCGACACCUUCUUCUCCUUCUACGACCUCCGCAGAGAGUUCCACGUGCAGCACCCGAGCACCCACCCUGCCAGGGACCUCACUGUGGCCACCAUGGCACAGGACUUGGGGCUGGAGACGGAUGCCACAGAGGACGAUUUUGGGGUGUGGGAAGUGAAGACAAUGGUAGCUGUCAUCCUCCACCUGCUUGAUGGACCCAGCGGUCAACUGUUUUCGAAGCCCGAAGUGGUAAAGCAGAAAUAUGAGACAGGGCCUUGCAGCAAGGCCGACGUGGUGGACAGCGAGACUGUGGUUCGGGCUCGUGGCCUGCCCUGGCAGUCGUCAGACCAGGACGUGGCUAGAUUCUUCACAGGGCUUAAUAUUGCCAGGGGUGGUGUAGCACUGUGCCUCAAUGCCCAGGGCCGCAGAAAUGGUGAGGCCCUCAUCCGUUUUGUGGACAGCGAGCAGCGGGACCUAGCACUGCAGAGACACAAGCACCACAUGGGUGUCCGCUAUAUUGAGGUAUAUAAAGCAACAGGAGAGGAGUUUGUAAAGAUCGCAGGGGGCACUUCACUAGAGGUGGCUCGUUUCCUGUCACGGGAAGACCAAGUGAUCCUGCGGCUGCGGGGACUGCCCUUCUCGGCUGGGCCAGCAGAUGUGCUAGGCUUCCUGGGGCCAGAGUGCCCAGUGACUGGGGGUGCCGAUGGGCUGCUCUUUGUGCGCCACCCUGACGGCCGGCCCACUGGUGAUGCCUUUGCCCUCUUCGCCUGUGAGGAGCUGGCACAGGCUGCAUUACGCAGGCAUAAGGGCACGCUGGGUAAGCGAUACAUUGAACUCUUCCGGAGCACUGCAGCCGAGGUGCAGCAGGUCCUGAACCGCUAUGCCUCCAGCCCACUCCUUCCCACACUGACUGCUCCACUGCUGCCUAUCCCCUUCCCACUGGCAGCUGGGACCGGGAGAGACUGUGUACGCCUUCGAGGCCUGCCCUACACAGCCACCAUCGAAGACAUCCUAAGCUUUCUGGGGGAGGCAGCGGCUGACAUUCGGCCCCAUGGUGUGCACAUGGUACUCAACCAGCAGGGCCGGCCGUCGGGUGAUGCCUUCAUCCAGAUGACAUCAGCAGAGCGGGCCCUAGCUGCUGCUCAGCGUUGCCAUAAGAAAGCAAUGAAGGAACGCUAUGUGGAGGUGGUCCCCUGCUCCACAGAGGAGAUGAGCCAUGUCCUAAUGGGGGGCACCUUGGGCCGCAGUGGCAUGUCCCCUCCACCCUGCAAGCUGCCCUGCCUCUCACCGCCCACCUACGCCACCUUCCAGGCCACCCCAACACUCAUUCCCACUGAGACAGCAGCUCUGUAUCCCUCUUCAGCACUGCUCCCAGCCGCCAGGGUGCCCGCUGCCCCCACCCCGGUUGCCUACUACCCAGGGCCAGCCACUCAACUCUACAUGAACUACACAGCUUACUACCCCAGCCCCCCAGUCUCCCCCACCACUGUGGGCUACCUCACCACGCCCCCUGCUGCCCUGGCCUCUGCUCCCACCUCAGUGUUGUCCCAGCCAGGAGCCCUGGUCCGUAUGCAGGGUGUCCCAUACACAGCUGGUAUGAAGGAUCUGCUCAGCAUCUUCCAGGCCUACCAGCUAGCCCCUGAUGACUACACCAGUCUGAUGCCUGUUGGUGACCCACCUCGCACUGUGCUACAGGCCCCCAAAGAAUGGGUGUGUUUGUAGGUGAGGGAGCCAGGAGGUAAGAGCUGGCUGAUGUCCUCAGCUAACAGGACUCUCCUGCAUCCAGAGAACCAGCGCCCUCAACCUGGUUGGUAGCUUCUUUCUGGCUUGUCAAAAUUCUCAGAAAGCCCCCAGAGGAGCUCAAGCCCCAGCUCCAUCCCCGCUACUUAUUACUCUGCGUGUUCAUCCCAAAGAUGAUGGCUGGACCCUGAAUGCAGGGCUGGGGGUGGAAUGUCACCACCCUGCUCCCAGUGGUCUGAUCUGGGCCUCUUAAGUAGCAGAGAGCCUUUGUUCUGUUUUGGCUAUGGUCCAUGCCUACAGAUUCCAUAGGGCUGAUGUCCAUAGCAGGCUUGCUUUCUUUUUAAAAAAUGUACACCCUGGUGCCUUCAGCGUAUGACUCCAGGGGACUUCUGAGUAAAGAUCCCAAUGUUCUACCUUCCCCUGUCCCUUCUGGUGGGGGGCAGGGGGGCAGAGAGCGCUGGCCCCAGUCCCCAGGAUACUGACCUCCGUGGUCACAUUGCACCAGGGGUGGUCCCACCCAAGGAUGCUAGCCCCCCUCUAGCUUGACACAAAGAAUAGAUGGCAGAUGGCAAAAAUCACAGGCUUGUUUUGAUGGACUGCAUUGCAAUAUCCUCAGAGGACAAUAGGGGGCAGGAGGCCCUCACACAAAAACUCAGGCUUGACUUUUAAAGGGACUUCUGCCUACUUUUCAUGCACACCUUGGGCAGGUCAGUUGUCCUGAACUCAGCAGACACCUUGGAAUGUCCUUUGCACCCAUUAGAGGGUGCUGAACUGAAGCUUCGGAAGGAAUUUGGAACUCUACCCUCUCCUCCGUAAAAUAAACAAAGGUUCCCAACCAAGUGGACUUUUUAAAAGCCAAAGUGCCCUUCACUUUGGCACAGAGUGAGGGGCUCCACACCAGCCCUAUGCAGAGGAACACUCAGGCAGAUUUCAAGGAGACUGUUGACCUGUCACCGUUUAUUAUUUCAGCACUGUAACUGAGGAGCCUGAAUUGCUGGCUCUUCUUCCCUUUGUAUUUGUGUAAGGAGCACUGUACUCCUAUAAAAGGUUUUAAAAUACAAAAUGUACAAGAAAACACAAUGUCAAGUGCUGUAAACAUAACUGAGAAUCAGUUCCUUAAUUGAACAUCAUCCAUUUUAUAAAAUACAAGGUUUCAACUUGAACCCAUCUGAACCUUACAGAUGACCAUCUGUUCUGAUUAUCAAA